CUUUGCAGCGUUAACUAGCAUGAGAAGCGUGAGAGACUAGAUUGUAAAUACGACAUGAAGUAAAAACCCAUGAGUCCGCGAAGGGAAGGUGGAAUCCCGCAGGAAAACAUGCACGCCAGAUAUGGAGCUCUUUGGAAUACGGUGGAAUUUUCUCGGGUUUGGAUUAUUCUCAGCAUCGAAGCACUGGUCUUGGUAUACGGCCAAAAGGGCAGUGGGUGUGGACACACAGUCCUUGGUCCCAGCAGUGGCUCACUGACCUCGCUGAACUUCCCAGGAACCUACCCCAACCACACCCUGUGUGAGUGGACUAUAAAGGUAGCGAAGGGCCAGACGCUGCUUUUGACCUUUGGGGACUUUGACUUGGAGAGGAGCCAAGACUGCAUAUCUGGCUCUCUCACCAUCACAGACAGCAGUGGAGCCACUAGAGUGGGUCCUCUGUGUGGGCAGUUGUCGGCCACAAACAGGAACAUAUCUGUGAGUUCUAAUGAAAUAACGGUGCGUUUCGUCUCCGGCACUCACCGUUCAGGGCGGGGCUUCGUCAUGUCUUAUUCAACCAAUCAGUACUCAGAGCUCAUUUCAUGCCUGCAUCGAGGGACACAUUUCUCCUCCCAGCAGAUCAGUGCUUUCUGUCCUGCAGGCUGCAAAGGGGUCUCAGGAGAAAUCUGGGGCUGGCAUGGACAGGGAUAUCGUGAUACAUCAGUUUUAUGUAAAGCUGCGGUCCAUGCAGGGGUGAUUUCAGACAGUUUGGGCGGCAUGAUCAAUGUGUCUCUGCAGAGGGGCAUUACCUUGUACGAGUCGAGCUUCGCUAAUGGAGUACUGUCAAAAACCGGAUCCUUGUCAGACAAACGGGUUGUCUUUUUUAAAGAGUGUAAUGGGGAGCUGAUGGUGAUGGCCUAUAACACCUCUUCAGUUUGGGAUGAGGUCAACAGGCUGGGCCAGAAGGUCUCCUGGUCUCCGGAGCUCGAGGGCUCUCAGUGGGCUGCCAGCUCUGCAGAUCAGCAGCCGUGGAUGGAACUCGAGCUCUGGAACAGGAGUACGGUCACAGGCAUCAUAACAAAGGGUACGCCACAUUACUACAUUGAAGCUUACACCAUCAUGUUCAGCAAAGAUCGCAAAACAUGGAAAGCCUACAAAGCAGCGUCAAGCAAAGACAAGAAGGUGUUUGAGGCCCACUCUGAUGGACAUGGGAUGGUCCUCAACAGUCUAAUUCCUCCAGUAGUAGCUCGAUACAUCCUGCUGAAACCCCAGAAGUGGCACAUCAGGGCGUCUGCACAGGUUCAAGUGCUGGGCUGCCCUUCUGCCACCCUCAGACCUCGUUCCCAAGGAGACGAGCUGAACACUAGGAAGGCAGUUGUCACAGAGACUUUGUCAUUAGACACGCUGCCCACCGAGAGCCCUGUGAUCACAAGAAGCUCAGGCCCCAGUCAAGCUGUGAUAUUAGUAGCGGGCAUGGUUUUAGGAGCCGCUCUUUGUGUUGGUUGUCUUUUAGCUGGACUUAUUUGGUGGAGAAGAAAAAGAAACUCUCAACUAAAGAAAUGCUGUGUUGACCAAGGCUGUCAGGGUUUCCACAGGACGAUGAAGCUUCCAUCCACAAACCCAGAGCUCGUCUCUUACCCUCUGGUCCGAAACGUCCACGACGCUCUCCCCAACCCUCCUCUCAAUGUCUAUGCAGAGCCCGAUGUGGUAUCUGGUGGACAGAUGAUGGGACUCACAUUUCGCCCCCCAAUGGAAGAAGGCUACACCGUCCCCUUCACCCACAACCACUACGACACUCCUGGACAGCUUCCUGAAUAUGCAGACCCUCUUCCCCCUGAACCAGAAUAUGCUACACCCUUCAGCGAAAUGCCAACAGACUCAAUGAUAAACAGCCAACAGAAUCUACCAAUGUGUAGAUCCACACAAAUCUCAAGAUCAGACCAACAACAGUACGACUGCCCUGCACACAGAGUGAUCUCAAAUGGAUACUGUACUCCAGUCACACAUGGUACAGGCCAACAGAAGCCUGGAGUGAUUUACUUUGAGCCUCAGACGGUAGAACCACUAUUGCAUACCUACCAUGAGCCACUUUGAGCCAACAUGGCGUCACCUGCUGGAGCCAGUUUGUGAUGUUAGGCUGAGUUAGAUUGCAUCAGCAGUGUUACAGGAAAUUAUUAUUAUUAUGUUGGUUACAGCAGGGGCAGACUGGGACAGCAUUUUCACCCAGGAAAAGUUCUUGAAGGUCAGGCCAGAGUGAGGGGGGC